CCAGAGGACACCCGGAGGGAGAGUGAGCAUCGUCAGCUACUCCAUGCACCCCUGACAGGCCCCCCAAAAUGAGGCUUCCCGCAAAGAUUCUGUGGCUCAUGUUAUGGUCUGUUUGUGUAGCACAAGAUUGUACAGGGCCUCCCCCGAGAAAACAGACGGAAAUUCUGACGGGUUCCUGGUCUGAACAGGGCUACCCGGAAGGCACGAAGGCCACCUACAAAUGCCGCCCUGGGUACAGGACAUAUGGCGUGAUCACCAUGGAAUGCAAGGGAGGGGAGUGGGUGGCCCGCAACCCAUUCAAGACAUGUGAAAAAAAGUCCUGUGGACACCCUGGAGACACGCCUUUUGGUUCAUUCGAACUCGCAGAAGGAGAUAAAUUUGAAUACGGUGCCAAGGUAGUUUACACGUGUGAUGAGGGGUAUCAGAUGAUAGGUGACACCGAUUUCCGAGAAUGCGAUGCAGAUGGAUGGACCAAUGAUAUUCCUCUAUGUGACGUGGUUAAAUGUUUACCCGUGGAAGCGCCGAAGAAUGGGAGACUCAUCAGCAGUGCGUACGAACUGAACCAGGAAUAUACUUACGGGCAGGUGGUCAAGUUUGAGUGUAACACAGGCUUCAAGCUGGACGGACCUGCGGAAAUACAUUGCUCAGGAAACGGCCAGUGGAGUGGAGAUAAGCCCAACUGUGUGGGCAUCUCCUGCCGAGUCCCACAAAUCGAACAUGGAGAGCCCACGUUUCCGAAGGCCUCGUAUAGAGAGAACGAGAGGCUUCAGUACCAGUGUCUCCCGGGCUACAGCUACAGCGGAAGAGCAGAGACCGUCUGCACCGCCUCGGGGUGGACCCCGCCCCCGUCCUGCCAAGAAAUGACAUGUGACCCUCCAAGAAUUGCAAACAGUCACUUCGUUGCUGACAGGAGCAAAUACAGAGUGGGAGACAAAAUCACUUACAACUGUAAAAGUGGCUUCUACCCUCCCCCCCGGGGAAAUAUGGCAAAAUGUACUGACAUAGGCUGGGAUCCUCCUCCAAGAUGUGGCUUUAAGCCCUGUGAAUUUCCAGAAAUAAAACAUGGACGCCUAUACUGGGGACAUAGUUAUAGACACUAUUUCCCAGCAUUACCAGGACAAAAGUUUUACUAUUCCUGUGAUGAAAACUAUGUGACUCCUUCACAAGAGACAUGGGAUCGUAUAACUUGCACACGAGAUGGAUGGACCCCGAAACUGCCCUGCCGCAGAAAAUGCAUUUUCAAUGAUUUGGAAAAUGGACAUCGUCCACAAUCUCCACGACAAUAUUUGCAGGGCGCAUCUGUAAAUGUUAAUUGCUAUCGUGGCUACAUGCUUCAAAACAACCGGACCUCAAUGACCUGUAAGGAGAAUGGCUGGCACCCUCCUCCCAGAUGCUUCCCUGUUGAAACAUGUUUAAAGUCAAAGGUAACAAUUGAGAAUGGAUUUAUUGCUGACUCUGAGCCUCUUUAUCUCCUAAAUCAAAAAGUAAAAUAUGAGUGCAGACAAGACUAUGUAACAGAAGAUGGUCACACAUCGGGGUAUAUUACAUGUCUCCAGAAUGGAUGGUCAGCUCAACCCAGAUGCAUUAAAUCUUGUGGCAUGCCAGUAUUUGAGAAUGCCAGAGCCAAAAGUAAUGGCACAUGGUUUAAGGUCAAUGACAAGUUGGCCUAUGAAUGUCAGAAUGGAUAUAAAAAUGGAGAUGGACAAACCAUGGGCUCCAUAGAGUGUGGUGAAAAUGGUUGGUCUGAUACACCCACCUGUCAUGAAAGAGAAUGCAUCGUUCCCGAUAUAGAGCAGAACUUAAUUGCUCAGCCCCGGAAAGAGAAAUAUGUCAUUGGAGACGUGUUGAAAUUCUCCUGCAGGAAUAGAUUCCACUCUCUCCUUGGACCAGAUUCUCUUCAGUGCUACCACUUUGGAUGGUCCCCUAAUCCUCCGACAUGUAAAGAGGAAGUACAGUCCUGUGAUCAACCUCCUCGACUCCCCAACGGGACAGUUGCACACACACCUAAAGAGGAAUAUGGACACGGUGAGGUGGUGGAGUAUGUCUGUAACCCCAGGUUCCUGCUGAAGGGCGCUAAGAAAAUCCAGUGCGUUGAUGGAGAGUGGACACCCUUGCCCGUGUGUGUGGAGGAGCACAGUACAUGUGGAGACGUACCUGAGCUGGAGGACGGCGAGGUCGUGUCCCCAGCACGGCCCUCCUAUCACCAUGGAGAGUCAGUAGCGUUCACUUGCAGAGAAGACUUUACAAUGAUUGGUCACAGCUCAGUUACAUGUAUUAGGGGAACGUGGACCCAACCGCCUCAGUGCAUUGCAACAGGUGAACUCAAGACAUGUAAAUUAUCAAGGGCAAUUGCCUCUGAGACAAAGUUGUCAGAUAGGAUGGACUAUGGGAAUAAUAGGAAAGUCAGUUACACAUGUGGGAGGAAGUCAGUGCAGAAACACUCCGUCUGCAUGAACGGAAAAUGGCAGCCUGAGGUGACCUGCACAGAAGCACCACGAUGUCCACCUCCACCUCAGAUUCCCAAUUCUAAAAAUAUGACCCUGACAGUGAAUUAUCAAGAAGGAGAAAAAAUAUCUAUUCUCUGUCAAGAAAACUUUCUAAUCCAGGAAGGAGAGGAAAUCGUGUGCCAGGAUGGACGAUGGCAGUCAGUACCGCGCUGUGUCGAAAAAACUCCAUGUCCUCAACCACCUCAUGUAGAACAUGGAAGCAUUAAUUCAUCCAGAUCUUCAGAAGACGGAAGAGAAACACCGGAACCCAAGCUGUAUGCGCAUGGCACCACAUUAAGUUAUGUUUGUAAGGAUGGUUUCAAAUUGUCUCAAGAAGAUGGGAUAACAUGCCACCUGGGAACAUGGAGUGCUCCACCACAGUGUGUAGGACUUCCUUGUGGACCACCCCCUGUGAUUUCCAAAGCUGUUCUAUCUAAAAGUUUAAACAGAUAUCAACAUGGGGAACAAUAUACAUACACCUGUAAACCCGGAUUUUGGAUCCGGGGACCUGCAUCUAUAGAAUGCUCAGGAGGAAAUUGGUCCCAUCCACCAGAAUGCACAAAAACAAUUUGUCCUAGACCACCCAGCUAUGGCAAUGCCAUCCUCAUAGGCCAGCCGAAGAACUCAUACAAGUCAGGAGAACAAGUAACGUAUAGAUGUGAAGAACAUUACCAAAUGGAUGGAUCCAAUGCUGUACAGUGUAGGGGCGGCAUAUGGAUAGGAACACCCACAUGCAAAGACCUCUCCUGUGGCAGCCCUCCCGCAGUGCAAAAUGCCUUUAUACCAGACGAGAAGCUCAGGUAUCGACAUGAGGACAAAGCACAGUAUCAAUGCAGGCACCCUUUGGGCCUCUUCGGGAACGCAGUAGUGACAUGCCUAAGUGGGAAGUGGACAGACCCACCUGAGUGCAAGGAGUCCACAGGAAAAUGUGGGUCCCCUCCCGUUAUUGACAAUGGAGACAUUACCACGUAUCCAAGAGCAGUCUACGCUCCCGGGUCUUCAGUGGAGUAUCAGUGCCAGGCCUACUAUGAACUUGAGGGAAACAGGAGAAUAACGUGCCGUGAUGGAGAGUGGUCUGAACCCCCCAAAUGCUUGGAUGCAUGUGUAAUAUCAGAAGAAGCCAUGGAAGCACAUAACAUAGAGUUGCAAUGGUCAUAUGAGAAAAAACUUUAUUCUAGAACAAACGAUUAUACUGAAUUUAGGUGUCGACGCGGCUAUCGUAAAGUGUCACCAGCAUCUGCAUUCCGAGCACAAUGCCUAGAAGGGAAACUGGAGUAUCCCUCUUGUGCAUAAAAUGAGAGCUAUGAGGCAGUUUUACAUUAAAAUGUGCGCCUUCAUUCAGAAUGUUUUAAUAUUAGUCUAAUUCUUCCCAAUUUAUUUUUCUAGAAGGGUGUAACUCCCUUUUAUUCAUUAAUCAGAAUUCAUGUUAAAUGCCAGGUGGGAGAUGUCAUUGUAAUCUGAGACCAAUGCACCACUUCUCCUAAGCAUCUCAUUAAAAUGUGACAAACAAA